GAUCUUCCUGCCUCAGCCUCCCAGCGUGCUGAGAUUACAGGCAUGCGCCACCACACCCAGCUAACCAAGGCUAAGUACCUUAACGGCCUGCGGUCAGCAUGGAGUUGCUUCCAUCCACUUUAUGCAAAUGUCUCUGGAGCAGGGGAGUCCCUGGGCGCAAGGGCCUCCAGUGUCUCCAGGCCUGCCCUGAAGGCCGGGCCGGCGACGGGGUGACAGCUGCAGGUGUGCUCCUGGCGGGACACCACAGGGAGCAAGUGCUGCGGCUCGGCCUGGGCCUUCCCUACCCUGGCCCGCUGCAAGGUCGCCUUGAAGCAGGUGCGGGAGGCCGUGUGAUUACUGAAGUGGUUCCGAGUCUCCAGGAGACUUCCAGUACCCGGAGGGCAGCGGGCUUGGUGACACCUACGCUCGCAGAACCGGACACCACCCACCGCCCGCGCCACUCCAGGUUCCCAACCCGUCUUGGCCCUCUGGGGUCGCUCCGCCUCCGGAGCCAGUGCCACCAGGGUUCCCAAGGCAGUGGCAGGAGGAGCCUGGAGAGAACCCCUCCCACCCUCCUCAUUGGCCGCGCCCUCCUCACAUCUCUGACACCUGAGAGGCGGCGCAGGGGCGAGGGAGGACCCGCGGAGACCUGGGGAGGCCUCACGCUCACGCCAGCGUGCGGUGCAGGCAGCCCCGGCUGGGGCCUAGACUCCAGCGCCAGCUGCACAUGUGCCCGGAGUGUUGCAUUGGCCUCUUCUGUCGGGCUCCCCAGGAGCUGGGCAGAUGGCUGCUGAAUGCCCUUCCAGCCCCAAGACUACAAGGCUACUACUUGCAGCCCUUCCCAACCCCCAGUGUGCUGCCGGGGCCUCCCCGAAGGCAAACAGGCACCGUGGCGCAGAUAAGCCCGGGGCUGUUGACAGAGGCUGCUUGAGUCCUCGUGGAAGGGCCUCGAGCGGACUUUGCGCUUCAGUUGGGCCGUCCAGCAGCGGCGCAGCGCAGGCCUGGGCCACCUUUAGGGCUUCCCCAAGCAGGAAGCAGGCACUUCCGGCUGGGAAGGAUGGGCUCUUAGCUCCCAGCUGGCCAGUGCCUUACACCCUAGCCUGGGCGGCCAGAGGCAGGUGGGGCUCUGCCUGCUUCUGCUGGGCUCAUACAGCCUUCCCCUUGCCCCCAGGAGCCAGCCACAGCAGGGCAGGUAGAUUGGCCAACCUCACUCCCUCCAGCAGCCUUUUCUCUGGAGGAGGGAAAAGUAGGGACAGGGGAAUCCCGACAGUCCUAGAAAGGGGAUGGAGAACUACCCCCAAGACAGCUGUGGGCCUCAAGCAACUGUUGGGGUUGCUGUAGCAGAGGAGCGGGUGCUUGGCUCUUGUUCAUCUGCCUUUCUCCUUUCAGUGCUCCAGGUGAGGUAAGGAGACCUGAAUGCCCGCCCCUCCUGUACUCAGAACCCCCACACCUCACUUGCCACUAAUUAUAGAGCAGAAUUUAGGUUAGCGGACUCCCUUUUUAUAAAGCAAAUGCCCGUGGGAAAGUGAAGUCGUGGGUCACUUAUACCUUGGUGCAAAUCAUUUUAUAAAUUUAAACUGAUUGCUUUCCCCACCACCACCACUGGGAGUGCUAGUUUGAUAGGACAAGUGGAGCAUGGGGAGGGUGCUGGGCUGGCAGAGUGGCAGGUGAGAGCCGAGCUGGGCGAAGGAUGAGUCCUCAAGUCAGCUCCCUCACCUUUCACUCCAGGAUAAUCAGGUAGCUCCACAGGGAAGGCUGGGCCAAAGCGUGAGGCUUCAGUCUCCUUGGCACUGGAUUUCACUCUAAUAUCAAACUCUGAUUUCUAAUGCCCCCAUGUAAUAAGUUUCAGUUGCUCAAAAAUAUCUUCCCCACUGUUGUUCAUGAACCAAAAUCCCUACCCACCCACUCUCCAGUGAUUCCCCAGGAGCCUUUGUGGCUACAUUCACUUGUGAGGGCAUUGUGUUCCCUGGGGAAGGUAACUCCCUGAGACUGAUGAGAGCCGAUUGAGUUCCAUCGUGUUUGGCCUUACUUCUUCCAUCUUGACAAUUACUGGUAAGGGAAUCCUGUCGUAAGAAAGCUCAGGGGCCGGGGAUUUAGCCCAGUGGUUCUGCUGCCUGCCUUGCAAACAUAAGGGAGUUCAAUCCCCAGUACCCCCCACCAAAAAAAAGCUCAGGAAGCUGGGUAUGAUAGUACAUGUCUGUAACCACAGCAUUCUAGGAGGCUGAGGCAGGAGAAUUUCAAAUUCAAGCCCAACCUGGCCAAUUUAGUGA